UCUGUAAGGUGUCUGGUACUCAUUGGAGCCCUUCUGCUUCUACAGGCCAGGGUCAGCUGUGUUUGCUUUCCUAUGGUAUAAUGGAUGACUGGGACAACAGCGAUGACUUUAUCCAGAAGCUGGACUUCUCCAGCUGUGGAGAGGAAAGCGAGGACAGAAGCCUCCAGGAAGAGGACAGCCUGAGCUCGAGCCCUCUGAGGAGCUGCGACCCACACAAGUGGUCCGGGAGCAGCCCCCUCCCGGCCACCCCCCAGAGGAAGCUCAGCGAGAUCUUCCUCAGCAGGACUAAGGCCUGGGCCGGCCCUGCCCUGACGUCCUCUCCGUGCGUGAGCAAGAGCCGCGGCAACGUGGAGACACCACUGCACAUCACCUGGAAAAAGCUGCAGCUCUGUGACACCCCCCACACUCCCAAGAGUCUGUUAUCGAAGACGGCUUUUCCUUCAUCUGGGACAAAGGUCCCGCCCAAAGGAUUUCGACAUCUGAGGUUUACUCCUGGUGCUGACUCGGAUGACUCUACCCAAGCUUCUCAUGUCAACAUCAACCCCUUCACACCAGAGUCUUAUCGACAAAUGAUUUUUCUUCCUAAUGGCAAGCGGAAGGCCAAAGGAGAGCUGAGAGAUCCUGAUCCAAGAAACCAGGUAAAACAGGAGCUACCUACCAAGAGAUACCCUCUGAAAGAGAGCAAUAUGGUUUCCCGCUACAAGAAGGAGUUCCUGGAACUGGAAAAGAUUGGUGUAGGGGAAUUUGGCUCUGUCUACAAGUGCAUCAAGCGCCUUGAUGGGUGUGUUUAUGCCAUCAAACGCUCCAAGAGGCCCCUGGCAGGAUCUUCAGAUGAGCAGCUGGCGCUGCGCGAGGUCUACGCGCACGCCGUGCUCGGCCACCACCCGCACGUCGUGCGCUACUACUCGGCGUGGGCCGAGGACGAUCAUAUGAUUAUCCAGAACGAGCACUGCAAYGGUGGAAGUCUCCAAGAUGCACUGUUAGAAAAUGCAAAACUUGGACGCUAUUUCCCAGAAGCAGAGCUGAAAGAAAUCUUGUUACAAGUCUCCAUGGGACUAAAGUAUAUCCACAACUCUGGUCUUGUGCACCUGGAUAUUAAGCCUAGUAACAUCUUCAUCUGCCACAAGCUGGUGGUUCAGGGCCCAGCAGGGCAGGAGGAGAGUGACAGCGAAGAUGAGUUCUCUUCUGGUGUGGUGUAUAAGAUUGGUGACCUUGGCCAUGUGACAUCGAUAACAAAYCCCCAAGUUGAGGAAGGAGACAGCCGCUUUCUGGCCAAUGAGAUUUUACARGAGCAAUACUGCUACCUGCCAAAGGCAGACAUCUUUGCCCUGGCACUCACGAUAGCCCUCGCAGCAGGCACGGGGCCACUGCCUCACAACGGGGCCAUGUGGCACCACAUCCGCAAGGGGAACAUCCCACCAAUCCCUCAGAAGCUCCCCCACAACUUCCUGGAACUCCUGAAGCUCAUGAUCCAUCCUGAUCCAGUGAAAAGACCUUCUGCUACAGCCCUUACUAAACACCCAGUUCUCCGUCCUUCCCUUGGAAAGGCUGUGCAGCUCCAGCAGCAGCUCAACGUGGAGAAGUGUAAAACUGCCAUGCUGGAAAGGGAACUGAAAGAAGCCCGCCUGGCGCAGAGCCUCCUGAAGGAGCAGCCCUUGGGAAGCGCCAAGCUGCAGGAGUGUGACACGACUUCCAACCCGAGCGGCAGGCGCCUGGUGGGAGGCAAGAGCUGCCGCUCGUUCAGCUUCACGCUGGGUUACUGAGCUGCCCGCGGCCCCGUGGGAGCAGGGGGGCUGCACAAACUGAUGCCCUGCACUAGCCCUCUCUUUUUGACCCACUCUCACUAGAGCUGAACCGUGUGAUUUAAGAAUAUUGCCCUCCGUUGUAYCUGUUGGUUCUCUUUUUUUGUGUGACAAGUCUUGUUAUAAACCAAACGUAGUUCUGCCAUGCAAGGGGGAGAGAGCAGAGGAAACUCCACCCGUCUAGGUGGAUGCUGGCAGUGAUUUUUGUGCUCUCAGUGCUUUGGCCACUAGAGAAUCUCUAGAGGGGAGACCGGUGCCUGUACAAGGCUGUGUCCUCCUGGAACUGAGGUUGUUUGUGACAAACAUCUUGAACUACAUGUGAGAGGACAGGCUUGUURCACUGCUGUCCGAGUGGACAGAGGAUGCGUUUAAAGUGGCAAUUAAUUGAGGGUGGACAAAAACAAAAGGCAACACUUUUCAAGGAGGCCUUUCUUGUGGAAGCUGAGGGAAGCUUCCCAUCCCUUAGCUUCCAGCAACACACCCUAAAUCGAAGGGGGCUUGCUUUCUUGCGGGGUGGCUCCUGGAGCCCCCCUGGGUGUGUUCAGGUCUGCGAGGCCUCCCUGGGAUAACAGGGGAGGAAAUAACUCCCCCGUGCUGGUAGCAGGGCCUGUCUCUUUCCUUGCAGUUUCUCACACACGGAGCAGUCUGUGCAGCGCGGCGCUUCCAGCCAAGGCGAGGGAAGGGCGAAGGACCUGUGAGAUCUUGUUGGUGCUUUGCUUGCAGCUGCCCGUGUCAASUGUGCCUAUUGCUAUUUAAUAAAUCUCAUCUCCCUGUUAAAGGUGACCAAUUUGUCAGAUUUUAUGCCUAGCUGAAUUACAGCUGCACACAGUGUGUAAGUAAAAGGGAGAGUGAGUUUAAUACCGAGUAACUCGGCUGCUUUUGCUUUUAUUGAUGCUAGACUUGUUUCCAUACGCUGGACAGUGACUUUUAAACUUGUAAUCAUACUCGACUGGAAGGCAUGCCCUGCAAAUAAAGUUUUUAAUGAUCACUU